AUGAAGGAAAUAAUAAAUAGAACAGUUAUUAUAGUAGAAUACACUCCCGAUUUGUUUUAUUACAAUAGUAUAAAAAAGAAUAUAUCAAAUCAUGAAAUACUUAUUGAACUUUUAUGUACAUUUUUAGAAAAAAAAAUACUUUAUGAUUCUACAUGUGAAAUUAGUCUUAUAUUAUCUGGAUUUCAAUCAGAUGAAAAAUAUUCUAAUAAUAAAUCAAAUAUUUACAUAUUAGAAAAAUUGAAAAGAGAAAAUUUUGAUUCGUAUAAAAAUUUAUUAAAUGAUAUAUUGUUGAAUAAAAAGUUCGGUCAAAAAAGUAGUUAUAAUGAAGCUUUUAUGAAAGCGUUUGAGUUAUUAAAUAAAACUAAAAGUUCUAAAAAAGUGAAAUAUAAAGAUAAAUUAAAUAAUUUCAUUAUAUUCUUAACUUGUCAAACGAGUAAACCUAUUUAUUUUCGUUUUUAUGAAUAUAUUUUGAAAAUUUUGAAAUAUUAUGUAUCAUUAGUAGUUAUUGGAUUAAAUUUUAAAAGUAACACAUUUUUCGAUAAUUUGAUAGAUUUAAAUGAAUAUGUAAAAAAUAAUGAAAAUAAAAUGAAAAGGAUAAGUAUUGAAAAUCAAAUAGAAUGGAAUAAAUUCAUUCUUUUAUGUGAAGGCUCUAUUUAUUCAUAUAAAGAAGCUUCUCAAAGAAUAAAAAGUUAUAAUUUAACUUACGAUAAGUCAAAAAAGAAGUCAUUAGUAAAUUUUAUAAUUCCAAAUGCAAUAACGAUAAAUGUAGAAAUAUGUUCUUACACAUGUGCUCAGGGAAUCCCCAAACUAAAUUUAAAUGAAAUUUUUAUUGAUAAUUAUUAUGAAAAUGUAUCAAAAAGUUUUACUUAUUCAAAAGAUAAAAAAAAAUGUAACUCUUCUUACAACAAUGAAGCUAAUCAUGAACUAGAUCAAUUAGAGAUGUUUUCUAUUCAUAACAACUAUCUUUAUUUCAAUGAAGAAAACAAUUUUAAUACAUUAAAGAAAUAUUUAUCUUCUAGUUUUGAAGAAAAUAAAUUAGAUAGAAAAUAUAUGCUAGAAGGAAAAGUAAUUAAUGAAGAUAAUAAUAAAUUAAAUAAAAAUAAAACUAUACAUAAUAAUGUAGUAAAAUAUUACAAAUAUGGAAACAGCCAUUAUAUGCCUAUUGAUAAAAUAAAUAGAAAUAUAAUAAAUGAUACGGAUCAAUAUGAAAUAAAAUGUUUGUGUGCAAUUAAAAAGGAUAAAAUUGAUUGGGCAAAUAUUGUAGGAACUACUUAUUUUAUUGUUACUCAUAAAAAAAAAAAAAUGGAUUUUAAAAUAAUGAAUUAUUUAAUUUAUUCAUUGAUUAAAACAAAUUAUAUUCUAAUAUGUUCCUAUAAAACAAAGUAUUCUAAAUUUUAUACUGUUGGAUUAAAGCCUAUAUCUGAGAACUUAGCUAUUUUAAAUUUGUUUUUUUUAGCUUAUAAGGAACAUAUAAAUUAUUUUAACUUUAAUAUGAUUGAAGCCGAUGAAGAAAAUUCUAAUAUAUUCGAUGAACUAAUUGACCUAUUAGAUGCAAGUAAAGAGUUCUUACCAAAUAAAAAAGAAAUGAUUGGCAAUAACAAUAUCGGAAAUAAACUUAAAAGUAAUAUUGAUUGUACAACUAAAAAUUUAGAAAAGUAUAAAAAAUAUGCUCCGAAAAAAUCUGAUCGAAUUGAUAAAAGAAAAAUUUUGAAAAAAAUAAAAAAAAAAAUCGAGGAACAAGGAAAACUACAUAAAGAAGAAAAAGAGAAUUUAAAAGAAAAAAAUAAUAUACAACACAAUCUAGAAGAAGAAAAAGAAAUGCAUAAAAUUAUAAAUCAAAAUAAAGAAAAACAUAAGAAAAAGAAAAAUGAAAAUACUGACUAUAAAUGUAAUUCUGAUACUAAUGAUUAUGAUAAUUAUAGUGAUAAUGAUGAAAACGACAACAGUAGCUAUUAUGAUGAUAAUAAUUUUAAUAAAAUUAAAAAAAAAAAUGAUUUCUUUAGUUCUUACUCAAUAAAAAGUAUAAAGGAAAGAUUAUUGAUUAGAGAUAUGCAUAAUAUAAUAUUAAAAAGAUUUUAUGAAAUGUUAGCAGGUCAGUGUAGGUUACAUUUUACUUCAGAAAAUAGAAAUUCAAAGAAUAAAUUUACUAAUGAAAGAUAUAUCCCACUUCUUUAUAAAAGUGAAAUUAAUAAAUUUCUUAAUAAUAAAAAAAUUACGAAAUUACAGGAUAUAAUUGAUAAAAUAAAAUUAAAAUUUGCAAUUAAAUUAGAAAAAAAUUGUAUGAUACAAGAUAUUUCGGAAAAUAAUAAAAUUACUAGAUUAAAAAGUUGUAAUUUUAAUAGUAAUAAUAAUUUAUUAAAGAAAUUUAAUUUAAAUAUAAAUAAUAAAAUCAGUAAAAAUACUAAUAGUCUUUUAUUAGUUGGCAAAUCAAAUAAUUCAUCUGCAAAUACUGAUAAUGAGGAUAUUCAUUUUUUAAAUAAUAUAAAAUUCAAAAAAGACCUUAAUCAAUCAUAUUCUUUUAAAAAAUAUUUUUUAAAAAAUGAACUACAUUUUGGUUCAGAUGAUGAUGAUGGAAAUUUAGCAUAUACAUAUAAUUUAUAUGACGUUAAUAAAAUAAAAAUAUUGAGAUUGCAUAAUAUUGAAUUAUAUGAUACAGAAGAAUUACUUGAUGUUUUUAAUAGAAAAAAUAAUUUCAGAAAAAUCUACUGUACAAAUGAAUCAAUACAGCCAGCAGAAAAAAAAAUUAAAAUAUAA